AUGGUGGAUGAUGUGAAGGCACAGUUGCGGUAUAUUGAGGACUACAAUGAGUUGGAGAGUCGGAGAAGGGAGGAGUCCACCAUGGAGAGUCUCAACAAGGCAUCCAAAUGCAAGGCACGUUUUUCUCAGCCGGAGUAUUUGGAGAUGAAGAAAAAAGUGAAAAAGUGGAGACAGGAGAAUGAGGAUCAGGUCAGAAAUAAGGAGUCGAAUGAGACGGCUUUGGCUGCUCUUGGUCGAGUAAUUUUGACUACAAAUAGGAACUAUGUGAUUGAUAUGUUUAAAAUGACCACUUUGGUGACUCAACACGAUGCCAGGAAGGCAGGAAGUGAGGUGGUCAAACAAGUGGACCAUCCUCUCCUUGGGGGAUUGCUUUAUCCCUGUCUUCAGGCACUCGAUGAAGAAUAUCUCAAAGUGGAUGCUCAGUUCGGGGGAGUCGAUCAAAGAAAGAUUUUUACAUUCGCGGAAAAGUACCUCCCACAGUUGGGGUAUGCCAAGAGAGCUCAUUUGAUGAACCCAAUGGGUCACUAUUUCCCCCUCAUUGUAGUUCCUGGACUGACGGGGGGCAAAAUGAGUGCUUCAGACAUUGAUUCUAAAAUUGACUUUCUUGACCCACCCAAAGUGGUUCAAAAUAAAAUCAGGAAGGCUUUCUGUAUGCCGGGGUCACUCGAGGACAACGGAGUCCUCGCAUUUCUUAAAAUGGUCGUGUUUCCAAUCCUCGACUUUAAAUCUGUCAAAGUCUUCUUUGUUGAGUCUCCUGAAUUGGGGACUGUCGAGUACUUGUCCUACGAGCAGGUUGAGGAGGACUUUUUGUCUCUUAAACUUCACCCUGCCGAUGUCAAGGCUGCACUUUCACGGGAAAUAAAUUAUCUUCUUGCCCCAAUUCUAAAGGCGUUUGAGUCGCCAAAAAUGCAGAAGAUUGUCACCUCGGCGUAUCCUGGUGAUAAUAAAGCACGUGUGGUGACCCCUACCGUUGAAUCCGUUGUUUCUGACCCCACUGUCUGCGAUUUCCGUGUUGGGAAAAUUAUUUCCGUCAAAAAAAACGCGGAUUCGUUAUUUGUGGAGAGGGUAGACGUGGGGGGAGGCCGAAUACUCACAAUUUGUUCUUCGUUGGUGAAUUCGUGCACUGAAGAGGAAUUGUCGGGAAAUAAUUUUGUGUUUUUGGUGAAUUUGAAGCCGGCGAAUUUGCGGGGGAUUAUGUCUGAGGGGAUGAUUAUGUGUGCUAAGGUUUGUGGUGAUGUUGGCAGAGUGGAGCCGUUGAUUGUGCCUGAACAGUCACAGGCGGGGGAUGUCGUUUAUUUUGAUGGAUUUCCUCCUCAGACAAAUCAAGUUCAACUUAAUGCUAAGAAAAAAGUGCUUCCACGUAUUUUGACGAAACAAGAAAAAGUCAACUUGGGGAAUACGAUUGCUCACGAAUUAUUUCAUAUCCUCGGAUUUAGACACGUGGAAGCCACAGAAGGAAAUUGCACGAAUGAUUGCCUUAUGAAUCCUGUCAACUUAAUUGAAAUAACUAAAUACAAUAAUUCAGAUUAUUUGAAUUCCACUGAAAGGUACAUGUUUGAAGGAAACACUGUUGGUGAAUGCGAAUUUCUGGAGGACGGCUAUGCAUACACCAAAGAAGUCUGUAACGAAUUGGAACUGACAGUUUGUGAGUUUGGUUUUGUUUUAAUUGUUAUUUUAUAG